GGGAAUCAGGUGCGCAGGUGGGCGUGACAGUCAGGUGGCGACUAAAGGCGGGAAAUACCGAGCUCAGGAAAUGAUGGGGGGAUUUAAUGACUGGUAAACAAACGACUGAUUAAUAUUAACUUCUUGUAGCCAUAGCGCACGUUCUGAUGCGUUUUAUUUUUCAUUUGGCCCAUAAAUUCACCACAUUAUCAAAGCUGUAUAUUGAGGGCGUUCAGUGGCUCUCCAGGGGGAUUUGGAUUAGUUCCAUUUCAGUGAUAUUUAAUUCAUUUGAUGCUAGGAGCAGAAUAAGAAUAUGAGAAUGACAUCAGAUGCCAAACUUUGCACCAAAUCAUAUAGUAACUCAAUACAAAUAUUCUCUGAAAGUGUGUCUUUAAAUCAAAAUCUUAUCAUUUAGCCUAAAUCUGGUUAUAGGGGAUGUGAAGACGUUUGGGAAUCCCUGCAUGUGGAUCAAACUCUCCGGCACAACUUUGGGUGGCGCCAGAGCGCAAGGAAAGGGGGAGUCAAGUGGGGAAAUCAACACAACUAAUGGGUUAAUCCGCCAGGAGGAUCGCUUUAUGGCUUCGGCCGUCUCCACAUCCCGCUAGAUGAUGUGUGAAUCUUUUCAGCGGGUGGUUGGACCUGCCACCUGUCAGGAAUGGCAAACAGGCUUCAUCGCUGAACACCGAGCGGCCGUCUCUCACUGUUUCGUUGGAACAUAUUCACAUUUAUUUGCAGGAUCUCUCGCAUUAGUGAAAUAAACACGGACAAGUUUGGCUGACCAGCUGCGCAAGAGAAAGUGAGCCACACGCAUAAACUGGCAGUGGUGAGAUUAUUAACAGAGUCUCUGAGCGCCCGGGAGGCUCCGACCCCUCUCGCUUUGAAGAUUAGAGGUUUGACGACGUCUGAAGGACACUAAGAACAGGAUUAGGUAUUGUGCAGUCUAACCUACUUCGCAUCACUCCUACAUCUUGUCCUCUGAAUAUUUGCGCAAUGACCUUUGGUGCACUUGGAAUACAGCGGGUGCGCCGGUGAGGUGUGUAUGAAUUUGACCAAAAGGCGAGAUGCGGUGUGAUCACAGGAACUCAAACCAGGUGGGCAGGCAAUAAGGCUUGACAGAAGAUGCGACGGGGGUGGUGGCUCGUCAGAUGGCUGGGGACAGGAAUGGCAAUCCUCUCUUUGCUCGCCCACAGCUGGGGCCAGGACACAGAAGAGUGUAAGCUGUCCCGGCCGGGCCCCCCUGCAACCAUAGUGACCAUUGAUGAGGAGAGCCCCAACGGUACAGUUUUGGUGGAAAACAUGCAAAUAAAUGGACGUACCCAAAGGCCAGGAGAAACCAUCGCAUUGACGUUGCUGGAAAACUAUGAGUACUGGGUGAUACUGGAACCAGCACGACAGAGGCUCUACCUCAACAGCACUGGGCGCAUUCUGGACAGAGAUCCCCCCAACUAUAUCAGCACCAUUGUGGUGCAGGUCCAGUGCACCAAUUUGCUGGUUGGUACUGUCAUUUUCCACGAGGUACGGAUCGUUGUGAGGGACAGAAAUGACAAUGCCCCUCGCUUUCAGCAGCCACGCUACUAUAUUGCAGUAAAUGAGCUCACACCAGUUGGAACAACCAUUUUCACUGGCUUCUCAGGAUUUAACGGCGCUACGGACAUUGACGAUGGACCCAAUGGACAUAUAGAAUACAGCGUCAUUUACAACCCCAAUGACCCGGAAUCAAACGGAACAGUUAGUGUCGCAAACACACUUUCAGGACACAUUACUCUGGCGGAGAGGCUAAACUAUGAGGAGAGAACUCGCUACCUUGUUUUGAUCCAAGCCAAUGACCGUGCUCCAUAUCCCCCCAACAGACUAACGGCUACCACGACUCUGACUGUCGACGUUCUGGAUGGAGAUGACCUAGGCCCUAUGUUCCUACCUUGUGUUAUAGUGAAUAACACCAACGACUGCAACCCCCUCACCUACCGUGCUGCUAUCCCUGAAAUCACUGAACCGAGCAAACUGAAUCCAUUGAAUGUGACCCCUCCAAUCCGGGCUGUGGACAUGGACAGAAACAUACAGCCACCGUCAGACAGACCUGGAAUUCUUUACUACAUCCUGGUUGGUCAUCCAGUCACAUAUCGAGAAUAUUUCUCCCUGAACAGAACCACCGCAGAGCUGCGUGUUCUGCAGCCUAUCAGCAGGGACUUGUAUCAGAGGUUCACGCUCAUCAUCAAGGCUGAACAAGACAACGGUCAUCCCCUCCCAGCCUACGCUGACCUUAUUAUUGAGAUCCUGGAUGAGAACAACCAGGCACCAUAUUUCCAGUUUGCCACCUAUCAGGGCUAUGUGAGCGAGUCCGCCCCAGUGGGUACGACUAUCUCAGCCAGCUCCAACCUCACAGCCCCCCUGGGAAUCAUCGCACUGGAUAAUGACAUUGAGGAGCUGGCUCCUGGUGAUACGCCUACAAAAGACCCCAUGGUGACGAUUACCCUGGACGACCACACCACGAUCUUCGACCUGACCACAGCUGGGCUAAUCCGCUACUUGAGGCUUCUCAAACCUGUGGAUCGGGAGAAGCAGCAGUUCUAUAGUUUCACGAUGAUGGCAUCAGAUGGCGUUCAGCAUAGUAGCCCAGUAACUGUCAACAUCGUGGUCAUUGACGCCAAUGACAAUACGCCCACAUUUGCAGAGGUCUCAUACACCGUUGAAGUCUUCACAAACAUGCUGCCUGGGGAGACAGUACUACAGUUAACAGCAGUUGAUGCUGAUGAGGGACUGAAUGGUCUGGUGACAUAUGAGAUACUGGCUGGUGCCCAGGGAGACUUCGUCAUUAGUAAUCGCACUGGACGCAUCACAGUGGCGCUUGGUGUCACUUUAAUUGUGGGACGAUCUUACGCUCUGACUGUCAAGGCCUCAGACAAUGCACCAGAGAUCCAGAGAAGGAGCUCCAUCACGACAGUGUACAUCGAGGUUUUGCCUCCCAACAACCAGAGCCCACCACGCUUCCCUCUCCCCUCCUACAGUCUGGAAGUCAGCGAGGCUAUGAGGAUAGGAGCUAUUCUGCUCAAUCUGCAGGCCACAGACAGAGAAAUGGAUCCAAUCACGUACCGCGUUGUGAGUGGGGAUCCCGAGAAGAUCUUCAACCUUACUGAAACGAUUGGCCUUCUACUUCUGGGAAAGGCUCUGGACAGAGAAACCACAGACCAGUACCUUCUGAUUGUCACAGCCUCCGACGGCCAUCCUGGAGGGACGUCCACUACCACUGUGAGUAUAGUCGUCACUGAUGUCAACGAUAACGACCCAGAGUUUGACGUCACCAUGCCCACUACUUUUUCUGUCCAAGAAGAAGAGGCCAAUUUGUUUGUAGGAGAAGUCAAGGCCACGGAUCCAGAUCUAGGACCUAAUGGCCAGGUACGCUACCGGAUUGUGAAUCAUCCUGACCUGUUUAUAAUCCAUGCUAAUGGUAGCAUCUACACAAGAGUGCCUCUUGACCGGGAGCGCAGGAGCUACUAUAACCUAGUGGUAGAGGCCUCAGAUGGGGCAGUGGAUCCACGGCGGACCACCUUGACCCUCGCAAUCAAUGUCACGGAUAUCGAUGACAACAGCCCAGUCUUCUCCCAGCAAACUUAUGUGGUGAACGUACCGGAGAACAGCCCCGUGGGAACUCUUGUCAUGACACUUACCGCGGUGGAUGCAGACCUCUUCUCCAAUGUCACGUAUCACAUCAGGACUGAAUCGGCCAGAGAGCUGUUCUCUCUGGACCCUAUCACAGGGGAGUUAUCUAUGCUACAGACACUGGACUUUGAAGACCUGGCAGCUAUGGGCACGGGGACCUCUUACACUUUCCAGGUGGAAGCUGUCGACCAAGGAGGGGUGAUGCCCCCAGGGCAGGCUACCGUCACGGUCCGCAUCACGGACGUGAAUGACUUCUCCCCUGUGUUUCAACAAGACCUGUACAAGGGCAUGGUGGCACCCAAUGCAGAGAAAGGAACUGUCAUCACAACUGUUUUUGCUGAGGAUGAAGACCCUCCAGGUACUCCAGCCAGUUUUAUCCGCUACAGAGUGGACAUGGACAGGUCACCGUACAGUGGCAGCAUCUUUGAUGUGGAGGAGGAAACUGGAAGAAUCGUCACAAAGGUCAACCUCAAUGAAGACCCCGGUGUCGUCUUUAAGUUGUACGUGAUAGCCUUUGACAAUGGAGAUCCGGUGAAGACUAACAGUACUUUGGUGGAGAUCACUGUCCUUCAGCCUUCACGCAUCCCAAUCUUCACCCAGGAAGAGUACAGGUAUCGUCCAGUCAGUGAGCUGGCUCCAAUUGGCACAUCAGUGGGGACUAUUGUAGCUGCUGCUAUCAAUCAAACCAUCUUCUACUCUAUUGUACAUGGAAAUGAACUUGGUCAUUUUCAAGUGAACAACAGGACAGGCGUCAUCUCCACAGCUAAACUCCUGGAUUAUGAAAAUAUAACCUCCUAUGUGCUCCGGGUCCAGGCAGACUCUAUGGUGAUCGUCAUGUCCAACCUGCGUGUGCCUUCUAAAACUAACACAGCCAAGGUGUUCAUUGACGUGCAGGAUGAGAAUGACCAUCCUCCCGUCUUCUCAAGGAAGCUCUACAUCGGUGGCGUGACGGAGGACACCAAGAUCUUCAGCUCUGUGCUCAAGAUAGUGGCCACUGAUAAGGACACUGGGAAUUACAGUGAGAUGGCAUAUCGCCUGAUUAUACCACCCACAGCAGAAGGUCAGGACAGCUUUGUUAUCGAGACCUACACAGGUAUCCUCAAAUCGGCCAUGAUGUUUCGAAACAUGCGCAGGUCCUACUUCAAGUUUCAAGUUAUCGCCACAGACGACUAUGGUAAAGGACUCAGCAGCAGUGCAGACGUUGUGGUUUCUGUGGUCAACGCGUUGGACAUGCAAGUUGUUGUGUCCACUGUCCCACCCGCGUUGGUGGAAGAGAAUAAGGAGGCGCUCAUUGAGAUUAUGGAGCGCUAUGUCCAGGACCAGAUUCCAGGUGCCAAGGUCAUUGUAGAGUCCAUCGGGCCACGCCGCCAUGGCGAUGGCUUUGAACUAGAGGACUACAAACAGUCGGACCUGAUGGUGUAUGCCAUUGACCCGACAACAAACCGGGCCAUUUCACCCAAAGAGCUCUUCAAAUUUCUCGAUGGGAAUGUGCUGGACAUCAACAAGGACUUCCAGCCGUACCUGGGUGAAGGUGGCCGCAUCCUCGAGAUCCGCUCUCCAGACAUUGUCGCCAGUGUGAAGAAGGCGGCCCAGGCUGUGGGCUACACAGAGGGAGCACUCCUGGCCCUGGCCAUCAUCAUCAUCCUCUGCUGCAUCCCUGCAAUCCUCAUCGUCAUGGUCACCUACAAACAGUUCAAAGAGCGACAGGCAGAGUGUGCCAAAACUGCCAGGAUUCAGAUGGCUUUACCACCUGGAGGGAAAGCGCCUCCACCUGGUGCUCCCGCUCCAGCUCCCACUGCUAACCUCUAUGAAGAACUGGGUGACACCGGCAUCGGCAGGCGAGGCCCUGGCAGGCAGCAACAGCAACUGCUGAGGCCAUCUCUUCUGAGACCUGAGGAACUCUCAGGUAUCGACCCAGGCCAGGACUACUACGGGCAGGACUACUAUAAUUACGACCAAGGGUAUGACCUUCCUCAGUACGGCAGUCGGAGGAGGUUGAUAACUCCCAUGUAUGAUGAAUAUGGAGAGGUGAUAAUGGAUGACGGGUAUUACUACGAGCCUGGGAAAAAGAAGCGUAUCAAGCUGGUGUUAGAUCCGGAGAACGAGACCAGCUCCACAGGUGAGGAGAGCACCACAGAGACCCAGCGGAAUAGACUACCAAACAGCCACAGCAACAUCAAUGGGAACAUCUACCUCGCGCAGAACGGCACUAUUGUCCGAACUAGACGGCCACCCCACGCAAACAACUUAAAGGUGGGCUCACCAUGUCGGCUCGGUAAGCAUUUUAAAAAACUAGACAAAUUGGGUGUGACUCAUGAAGAACCCCCUCCUAUUAUUAGCACUGAGGGUAAAGGAAACAACACUGAAAAUGGAACAGGUACAUGUGUCAGCUCUAACGUGGACGUCAAUCUCAACACUCGGUCCUCCUGUGGCUCUCUAGGAUCCACCAUCACAGAUCUUAGAAGUUUUGGGUCUGAAACGAAUAUUGCCAAGGUCUUGAUUGACAGAAACAGCAGUGGCCCGUGUGUCAAUGAGGAGCAAGAGACUUCUGUUGACAGCCACAAGGACAGCAGGGAGACAAUAGAGUCCCACAGUGACCACACAUUAUCAGACGAGGAGGAGUUAUGGAUGGGACCCUGGAACAGUCUGCACAUACCAAUGACAAAACUCUGACUGGUCAUGCAGAAAAUGAAUUUCCUUUUUUGUUAUGUUCCUUUUCUUUAUCAUAUUGCAUUUGAUCAUAAAAAAAAAUGAUUGUGUGCCUCAACUAGAUAAGGUCCGAUCACUGUCUGCGACACGUGAUUGCACUUAUAGUCAAUUUUUAUUUAAUCAUGAUUUGUUAAAGCUUACUUGUACCAAGCGUUUAUCACUGACAGGGCUAUUACAGAUGGGAACAUAGAGUGCCUAAAAAAAAAUAUGAAAUUUUGUGUGAACUGUGUUUGACUGUAAUUUUAAGUCUUUAUUCAACACAGAAGAUGGGCCUCUUUUAUGAAUGAAUACAUGUUUUUCUUUCUUUUCUCUGCCUUCUGUUUUUUUUUUUUUUAUCCUGAAGCGAAUCACAAAGAGAUUGUCAAUAACGUCACAUUAAAGAUAUCUACAGAGAAAUUAUGAUGAAUAUAUGAAGAAAUUGUGAUUAUAUAGUCUAUGAUAAAGUAAAAGAAACUUAUUUUGCUAAUAGCAUUUUACUUGCAAAUAAUUAAGAUUGUCAUUGAUUAUUUUAUGUUGUGAUCACUUGACAAUGUUUUUGAAAAUUUCUGAAAAAUAUAUCAAAUUAUUUUUGUCUAUUUUGUAUCUAACAGAGUUGGAGAAUCUAACAUAUGACAUUAAAGACAUAAUACCCACAUGACUGUCAUAGCUGUAUUUCGACAGUGAAAUAUGUGUUUUUAUAUGGACAUUUGUAUCUACAGAAUGUGGUAUUUUCAACCCCUUUACAUCAUGCAGAUGCACUCUGUUCAUGAUAAUUUAUUAUCUGAUACAUCAGGACCCCAUGCGGGUGAAGGACUACCAAAAAUGUACCACCUUCAAUAAUAAAGUUCUA